AUGGCCUCCGAGAACCUGGAGAACUUGGCCGGCACUCGCAUCCUCUUCACCAGCGACGAGCAUCUGAAGCUAACCCCGGAGCCGACCAAAUCACCCAAUGACCCGCUCAAUUGGUCACCAGCGCGCAAAUACUGGCAUGCCACGCUCGUGCUGUUUAUCGUCGGCUUCACGGCGGCCACGUCCAACGACGCAGCAGCUGCCCAGUAUGGUAUGAACAGCCAACUAGGCAUUUCGUGGACUCUGAUGAAUACGUCGGCCGGUAUCCUCUUUGUCGGGAUCGGCUACGGCACGCUGCUGACCUCGCCCAUCCCCUCGCUGUAUGGCCGUCGCAUGAUGUACAUCGUGUGUCUGCUCUCGUCCAUAAUCGGAUGUACCUGGCUGGCGCGCACAAUGGGCCCAAAUGACGCUUUAUGGAACCAGCUCUUCGUUGGCGCCUCAGAGGCGUGUGCUGAGGCCACUGCCCAACUGUCGCUUUCGGAUCUCUUCUUCGAGCAGCAGCGUGGCUCCGUCAUGGGUCUCUAUGUGCUGGCCACCAGUAUCGGCACCUAUCUAGGCCCUUUGCUGGCCGGAUUCAUUGCCAACAGUGUCGGCUGGCGCUGGGUCGGAUGGUUCGCCCUCAUAAUCUCCUUCGGGACCCUCAUCGUUUUUUAUUUCACAUUCGAGGAGACUACGUUUGACCGCAAAAUCUACCUGCGCGGGGAUAUUCCCGCGAUCGAUACCACAUUGAGUACCUCACUGGCCGCAGAGGAGGUGAUACCGGUCACGAAGGAGCAUACGCCUGUAUGUGCCACAUCGCUGAGUGAUGUGGAUGACAACGGCAGCAGCGAGGCGCCCAAAUCAUACUGGCAGCGGAUCGCCCUCGUCACACCAUCGCCACUCCUGCGCGGCACCGGCUUUGUACAAUACUGGAAAACCAUGUGGCAUAUCCUGCGAGUUUUCAGCUUCCCUGGCGUCUGGUACUCAGGCCUGCAAUGGGGUGCACAGGACGCGUGGCUCACCUUCUAUCUCACUGUUGAGGAUAACGAUUGGGUUAUGCCGCCGUGGAAUUAUUCGCCGAAUGGUGCCGCCAUGAUGAAUAUCCCGACAUUGAUCGGCGCGAUAAUCGGCUGUUGUUAUGGCGGUUGGUUCUCGGACAAGUUUGUGGAGUGGUAUGCACGGCGAAACAACAAUCUCUUCGAAGCCGAACAUCGUCUGUGGCUCAUGUAUCCGGCCGCCUUCAUCGGGUCGGCAGGUCUGAUGCUCUUCGGGAUAGGUACCGACAUGGGCAUGAACUGGCCCGCGCCGUACGUCGGCCUCGGCAUGAUUGGCUUUGGCUGGGGCUGCGCCGGAGAUUUGUCUCUGGCCUAUCUGCAGGAUGCUUAUCCCGAAAUGGUUCUCGAGGGCAUGGUUGGCGUGUCAGUCAUAAACAACUCAAUUGGCUGUAUCUUUACGUUCUGUGCUGGGAUCUGGCUAGACGUACAGAGCACCAAGAUGGUGUUUGUUGAAAUUGGCAUCCUCAGCUUCGUGUUUAUGAUGACCACAGUUCCGAUGAUGAUCUGGGGCAAAGCUGCGCGCCGCUGGACACGCACGCGAUAUGAGAAUUUCGUAUCUCGUCGCGAUGGCAAUUGA